GGAAAGGAUCAUGAGAAAGCUGUACAGCCUUCAGCACCGGCUGAAUCAGAACUGACCAUGACCGACGCAGACCUUGUAGACGAGUUUUCCAGAGACUUUGAGCUUUCGUGUUCACCUCCUAUUCAGACCAUGCCGACUGUCAAACCCAAAGAAACUCCUAAAGGUGACAAAGCAAAACCUGAAGUUGUGGUGGCGUCAUCCGCAUCUGCAGUGAAAGCAGCGGCAGCACCCUCCGUCGCUGGUAUGGACAGUGCAUUAGAUGAAUUAUUGGGAACGCUGGAAGGUCCUGAUGUAACAGUCCCAGAAUCUCCUGUUUACACUGGACCAGAAGUGAUGGAAACCAGCACAUCAGAAUACCGAGAGGAACUUGGGAAAAGAGAGGGCAGCAUCCCUCCAGCAUACAGGCACUUACUAGAUGGCAAAGUAGAUGGAAAAGUUGCACCCCCACCACCACCAGAGGAAGAGCCUAUGACUGAUGAUCAACUUAUUGAUGAGUUUUCUAUGGACUUUUCCUGUUCUGAAUCUUCUCCAAAAGAACAAGCUCCCGCUGUCGAACCUAAAGUUUCCUCAAAAGACAAAAAGGCAGAAGCUGAAGUUGUAGCUGCCUCUUCUGCUGCUGUUAAAGCUGCCCCCACUCCCUCUAAAGCACCUUCAGCUGAUCCACUUGAUGCCUUGGCUGGUACCUUAGGUGUUCGAAAGGAAGACCCGAGUGACAAGAAGCCUACAGUGGAUAAAGUUAAGGAGGGAACGCCAGGCAAGGAGAAAAAGGAAAAGCUUGGAGAAGAUGAGAGAACAAUACAUCCUGACCGCCGGCUAAAGGAAGUGAAGGAUAAAGACGGAAAGCCCUUGCUGCCAAAACCAGAAGAAAGCCCUAAGCCAAUGAGUGAGGCCGACCUGCUCGAUGCUUUGACCGAAGGCUUUGUCACUUCUCCUGCCACCCCUGCUGCACCAUUGCAGUCCUCUCUGAAAAAGGGCCCUGGAUCAGAAGAUGUUGUAUCUUGUUCUAAAGCUUCCGCCGUCAAGUCUGGAGCUCCACAGCCUGCUGCUUCAGACAUAGAGAUUCCCGAAGAUGCACUAGAUUUACUUGCUGGCUCCCUUGGACAGAGAGAGGUGGAUCCAGAUGAAAACAAACCCGUAGUGGAUGUAGUUAAGGGCUAUGGCCUGUGCUCAAUGGUUUGAGACCCAUUCCAUAUGAUUCAUCCACCACGUAGACAUGUGGAAUUGUGUAGUGAUAUGAACUGUGCCAUUGGAAUGUAUUCAUGUCGUGCAACCAUUCUGGCAACAGCCCUUUAAGAGGCAGAAGAUUCAAGCAUAAUAAUAUGUCUUAAUAAAAUACGUAUUUAAAAAUGA